AUGAUCUAUAUUUUCAGUUCGAGAUCACGCUCGCGCUCUUCGCAUCGUCGACGUCGUACUCGAAGCCGUAGCUAUUCGCGAGGCAGUCGACGAUCCAGUGACCGAAGUGUUUCGCGAGGCCGAUCACCACCGUCUCGCCGAUCGGCUCGUUCGGCAUCCCCGCCACAGAGAAAUGGCUCCCAAAAUGAUGCACCCCCUCCCUAUCGUGAUGCGCCUGCACAACCGGUCGAGCACGGUGAUGGCGAUGUGGCCAGCGGAUAUGAUGGAAAGAGUGGCUGA